UUAGCUUCUCAAAACGACUGUUUACGCCCUGCAAUAACCACACUACGAUGCAGCUUGGCUCCGACUGAAUAGUUGUUUAUUGAAUGUGAGAAGUUUGUAUCCCAUCUUCACGGUUUGCCAACUUGUAUACCAGUGUCAACGAGGUUCGGUACGAGUUAUUUCGCAUGAAGUGCUCGAAAGCGCAGCAGAUGCCAACGACUCAAGAUGCUUUUCGGCAGUACGAUGGGUUAACAAUCAAAGUUUUGUAUGGAAAAAUGCUUUCUGUUCUAUGCAGAAUCUGCCUAGUCACGAAUGGAUUGUUGAAACUGAUGAAAACGGUUCUCGCAUACGUGUCCGCUGGAUGACACAGAUUUCUGCCCCGAAAGCACUGUUGAAGCUUGUAAGCUCCAAGUGCAAUGUCGGCUGUACCACACAGCGAUGUUCACAGCAAACAUCCACAGCUCGCCAUUCAUUGCUGUAACGGUCGAUGAGGCCACCGACAAGGCAAAUAAGGAGCAGCUGACCAUUGUUGUGAGAUGGAUCAAUGAGGAUUUUGUAGUGUCUAAAGAGUUCCUGGAAUUGUACUGUCUGUCUGCGAUUGAUGCACAGAGCAUUGUCGAGGCCAUGAAGGAUGCUUUUCUGCGGUUCCAGAUUCCUCUGGCGAAGCUCCGUGGUCAAUGCUAUGAUGUAUGCAGCACCAUGGCUGGAGUGAAGGCUGGUGUAGCUGCAAAAAUUGAGCAAGUGAAGCCUAGAGCUGUAUUCAAACACUGUCAUGGGCAUGCGCUGAACCUUGCUGUUAGUGAUACAGUCAAGCAGUGUCUCGCUAUGAAGGACUGUCUAGACACUUGUCUUGAACUUGUGAAGCUGAUCAAGUUCUCCCCAAACAGAGAGGCCGUGCUCCGUGAGGUGAAAGAAGAGAUUGGUAGUGAUGCUCCUGCCGUUCAAACCCUCUGCCCAACAAGGUGGACUGUUCGUGCAGAAUCUCUUGCCAGCAUACUUGCAAACUAUGACAAGAUCCAGGUACUUUGGGUAACAUCAUUGCAUAAAACAUCAGACACCGAGAUAAAAGCUAGGAUUCAGGGAGUAGCUAGUCAGAUGCAGUUGUUUAGGUUCUUUUUCUGUCUCAUUCUAUCUGAAAUGAUCUUACGGCACACCGACAGGCUUAUUCAAACGUUGCAACAACCCAAGCUUUCUAGUGUCGAAGGCCAUGAACUAGCAAUGCUGACAGUGAAAACCCUUGAAAGUUUGCGAAAUGAUGAAAACUUUGACAUGUUUUGGCUGACUGUUGAGAAGAAAAGGAUCCUGCAGAACACUGAUGAACCUCGCCUUGCAAGGAGAAGAUACGUCAGCAAGUGUUGA